ACACAAGUCUUUGACUUUUCUCCUUAAAAUAACUACAUUUUCCAUUUUUACCAUUAGCAUGGUACUUUGAAAAACUUACUGAGAAGACAGAUAUGCCCAUUGUGUUAUUUACACCUCCAGUCCCUUGGGGAUUCUGGAUGAGAGUAGUCACACAAUAUCUAUAACUUCCUAUGGUCAUUAAAGGAGACACACUUUUCGCUUUUUAGAAAAAAAAAUGACUUGUCAGAUAAAGCUGCUACAAAUAUUCCUGUGAUGGACCCAAAGGUCGCUUACUGUCUUCGAUUGCCUUCAGCAGCUGGCAUCUGUACUUGUUAGCACGGUAAAGUAGAAUUUCAGCACAUAUGUUCAGGUGUUAGCAUGACAAGUGGGCAAUUCAACAAUAUGGUAUGUGCAGAUAGUAGUUUAGCUUGUAUUUCAGUGGAUGUGUGGCAUGAUAAGCUUGUAUUUCAGUGGAUGUGUGGCAUGAUAAGCUUGUAUUUCAGUGGAUGUGUGGCAUGAUAAGCUUGUAUUUCAGUGGAUGUGUGGCAUGAUAAGCUGGUAUUUCAACAGGCAUGCACCAAUUUUUAGUGUGGUAAAUUUGUAUAUUGGUAGAAGUAUAACGUUUAGCCUAGUAGUUGGUAUUUUAGCAGGCCUGUGUAAUGGUUAGCAGGGCUGUGAGGUUGUUGGCAGAUUAAGCUGGUAUUUUAGCAGGUCCUUGUGGUGGCCAGUGGGGCAAGUGAGGUAUUUUAGAAGGAAGGCAGGGGAGUCAAAGAAGAUAUUCUGUCUGAGAUCAGGAUGUCUGUGUUGGCGAGGGAUAAGGAGUGUGUUAAAAAGUUUUGUACGGCUGCUCAUCUAAAUGGGUGCUAUUUCUGAACUAUCAAGUAACUCAGCCAGCCUGGACUUUUUACUCAGAGAAGCUCAGCAGGCUCUGCUGCAGCAUCUCUUCAACACAAAGGCUUGGGAACUGCCAGCAGCCCGAGCAGCCAGCGGCUCCACCUCCAGCUCCCGUGCUAGCGCCCGCGGCAGAAGCGGCGGCUUCCCCUCAAGCCCCCCAGCCCCUCAUCCCAGCUCUGGGGCAGCAGCGCUCGGGAUUCCCGCCCCUGCCGGUCCCUGCCCUCGGCUUCCACAAACAAGUCACGCCCUCUCCUCCCUCCGCCAGCCCCCAAUCCACCAGGAGCAGGAGGAGUGGAAAGGGGCAAGUUGGAGGGAGAGGAGGAAGAGGAGGAGGAGGAGGAGGAGGACCAGGAGGAGGAGGAGAGGCAGAGGUAGGGAGAGCAGGAGAGAGGCCAGAGAACGGGAGAGAACAGCAACGGCGGCGGCGGCGGCGGCGGCGGCAGCGGCGGCGGGAGGGAUAGAGAGAGUGUGGGGAGAGCGUGCAAGCGAGCAAGCGAGCCAGCCAGCCGGCCGGUAG